AUGUCGUCGACGCGGCCCGUGCCGCUGCGCGGGCGCCUUUCACCGCGGGUCGUAGGUCAGGGCGCGCUCAGGUGCUCCGCCCUCGGCCGCGUUGCCUCCCCUCACCCUUCACCCCCGGCGUACAGCCUCCCCGCUAACCUCCACCAGUCCUCUAACCUAUUCAGCUGUCGUCGCUCCAGCUAUACCGCCGCUGGCUGGAAACAAGCGUGCUUAUGA